AUGGAGAAAUUUACAACAUAUAGGGACAAGGGAACGGGAAUAUCCCCAUUCAUGCCAAUUUCUGCCCCGGAUGCGGACAAUGCGUUUAAAACAUACAUAUUAAAGCCAGCUACUUUUAUUAUAAAGCUACCAUUCUUUCUUAUCUCAUCUUUGAUCCUUACACUUUCAUCGAUCAUCUUUCCAGCUGCACUCUUUAAGGUUCUUGUGCGAUGGUACAUUUACACAUUCUUCAACAUUUCAUCUGUGGAAUAUCUUGCAGAUGGAGUUCGGAAAUCAAACAAAAAAGCAAUCGAUGCAUGCAGACCUCAGGAAAAAGAUACUGUGCUUGUUAACUUCUCAUCGCCACUUGAUCCAUGGAUUUUAUACCUUAUUUCAAACUCUAGAAGGGCGGAGUUUUAUUCGGUUGAUAGCCAUGGGAAUCUUUUCAAAGUGGGUGGACCGUUUGAUGCGUCUAUAUUUGCUGUUAGUCAUCCUUGCAUUUCUGCAGAUUCUAACAGUGUUUGUAAAACAGUCGAUUCAAACGGAAAAGCAGCAAACUUUGUUUUUGUGGAGGGUACAACUACGAAUAACCGGUCGAUUAUGCCUUUCCCGAAGGGCUUUGAUCCAUCCAAGAUAUCUGGAAAUGCCGAGUGCAAGGUUGUUAGUUUGAAACUUCACCCAACAAGUUGUCUAACAACACCAAUUCCGCAAUCACCCAUCUUGUUUGUGUACCAAAAUCUCUCACAGAUUCAUUCGAAUGGCCGGUACAAGUUGAAGUCAUUUUUAAUGAAGCAUUCUGAUCUCGUUGAGGCGAAAAUAAGAGAGAGUUUGUCCAAUUACGGCAAGCUUAAGUUACUAGGGGAAUAUUUAGACUUGGAAAAGAAGGCCGAAUUUAUAGCUGAGAGGACCAGCAAGUUGGGUAGAGGGAGGAGAAAGAGGGAUUGA